UGUGAUGGUUACAAUCUUACUGCUGUGAUCAAAGAGGAUACUUGGGGAUGAACAGUAGUCCGACACGUUUAAUGUGUGUGGGUGUUUGACAGUAACACAACACUACAGAUAUAUUUCAGCACUAGGGUUUAUUAAUCAAGAUAUUUUAGCUUUGCACACUAUGAAGUGCUGGCAUAUCAGAUUCUGAGAGAGGAAGAGAGGGCUAAAGUCUGUCUUGACUUCAAGACAGACUUUACUAGAUAAGACUGACAGUUUACUGUCAGACCUUAUGUGGGCCUUGCUCUCAUAAUAGAUUUUUUUAUGUGAAUCCUCUCUAUUCUGUUAUAGGCCUAAUCGGCCUGUUUUUGUCCCCAAGCAGUUGCCAUAGUUUCAGUCUAUAACCGAGGUAUUUCCUUGUUAAAUGUGGCCUACCUUCUCCGAAUGAAUCACUUGUCUGACAAUGUGGAUGUGCACGUAAGGAACCCCCCUUACAUUCAAAUGGCGCAGUGAAUACUUCGAGGAAGGAUUAUACAUGUUAACAUUUAAACCGGGCAAAUUAAUAUCACACAUGGCCCUGCUUCCAAAAACAUAAAAUAACAGGACCUAUAUCUAUAUAGACCUAAACAAAAUAACCUGUUACUUAUUUGGUAUUUUGCUUCUCAGUCGAUUCAUUUUGCCUUCACUGUCAUGUUCAGUGGGUACAUGCAAUGAUAUAAUUUCAACAUUGUCGUUAGCUACACAGUUGCAAACAAAUGGCUACAGCAGUAGCCAACAAUCAACCAACAAAAACAGUCGACUACUUCCUUUCCGGAAAGAUACGUGAUUCUAACCAAUAGGGAAGCGGCAUGUUCUUUCUCACCAAUCACAGUGCCUCCAGGUUUCCCUGUAGCCAAUCGCCUGUCGGGAAGUUAUUAAUGUGUCUGUGUGUGUUCCUGUGGUCAGGGCGCGUUGCCGUCCUUACGACGUUUUUUCUUUAAAGAUAAGCCAAUGAGGAGGACAGAUGAGAACAGCAGGAAGGAGGAGGCUUGAAGGGAACACAGAAGAAGCUUGUGACAGCUGAGGUCAGAUGACGGGAAUGCCCAAACAAUGGACAUAAUGGAUGAAAAGAAAAUGGUGACAUUGAGUGUGGAGGAUGGCCCGUGGACAGGAUGUGCGGUUCUCUUCCUGCGCUCCUGUCCCGCAGUGAACCUGCUCUCUCUCUACAAAGACCAGCAGGGCAAGUUCAGCGUCUUCAAAGUCCUCAAGCUGACACUCACAGACUCAGCUGGGGGGCUGGAGGGGUACGAGAUCCUGAAGCUGCACGAUGCAGAUCCCCUGCUGGGUGUGGAAGUGAAGUUUGUGGAUGUGGCGGCGUGCCGCAGGUUCCUGCAGAGCUAUGGCUCCGGUGCCGUACAACAGUCCCUCUCCCAGCACGCAUGCCGCCUCCUCCACGGCACACAGGAGCUUGCCUUGGAAACCCAGCUCAAAGCCGGGACGCACACUUUGGACUUUUGUCUGGACGACCUUGAGCUCUGUCUGCAGCACAUCCACCAGUCACAGCCGGGGCGCCUAAGGGAUGAUGAGAUUGCUGAGCUGGACCAGCAGCUGCAGAGCCAGGCCUUGGGUCAUAUCCCCCAGCCACCCACCCUCUCACAGGAAGAGCCCCCUGUGCCCAGCAACUGUUUCCUGUUCCAGAAGAGGGUGUUUGAGGACCGCAUACUGGCGGCAGGGGACCUGCAGCGGUUCUCCAACGGCGUUGGGCGGGACUGGAGGAAAGUGGGGCGGGCCUUGGGCAAGAACUGCCGUGCGCUGAAAGGGCCGGCCAUAGACAACCUGGCCUACGAGUAUGAGAGGGAGGGGCUGUACGAGCAGGCCUAUCAGCUGCUGAACCGCUUCAUCCAGGCGGAGGGGAGGGCGGCACGGCUGGGCCGGCUGGUCAGAGCACUGGAAGACAGCAAGCUCACCAGCCUGGCUGAGAACAUUUUGGACAUCCAGCCCCGGGAGUGACGCUGUCUGUCACACUGUCUGGGGGUGUCUGUUGGUCUGUAUGUGAGUGUGUGUCUUUGUGAAAGAGUGGUAACGUGUGGGUGGCAUUGCUUGUGUGAGCUUGUGUGCUACCACGUGUCUGUUCUGUGUGAGUUUUGUGUCUGUGAGCUUGAUUGUAUGUUUUUUUUAUUUGGAGUAAAAUUGUACAAAACCAAUAGUUCUCAUAAUUGCCAUGUCACAUCAUUGUUGUCUCUGGUUGGAGAGCAAACUGAAAUCACUGCGGGCCUUUUCUUCUUCCGCUUUAAACCCAACCCCCUUUCUCCACCACAGACUGGACCAUUGAUGUAUUUGAUCAUUCUACCAAUAACCAAUAACCAAUUUCCAAAACUAGAUUGUUAUUGAACAAUUUGCAAUGUGAUUGGGGAAUAUUUGUUCCGAAAUCCAAAUAAAGUGUUGGAUUCAUAAAAACGAA